GCUGGCCGAGAGAUGGCGCACCGCAGCCAAUCGCAAUGAAUCGCUCAUAGGGAAUGAGCAUAUCAACAUCAAAGAAUUGUUGUGCUGGUAUUUGUUGUGACAUAGUUUCCUUUCAUAAUUCUACCGAGUAGAAGAAAUGAUAAUAACCCCGAGUCUCAUGAUUUGUUGGAAAAUAACGGGUGACUGACUGUGCUGAGAAUGCUUGACUAAAACAGCAUCAAAAUGUCAGACAAAGACGGCGAAAAACAUGUGUUCUCAUACAUGGAUGGAAUCCCAGUCAAAAUUAGUGAGAAGUAUAAACCUCCUCGGAAAAUAGUAUUGCCAGUGGGAUUUCAAAAUCGUCUUCUUCAACCACCUGUGUGUCCCGACUAUGAUUUCCAGCUUGAACAUGAUGUGCUGGACAAAAUAGAACAAUGGCGCUCCUCAAGGUCUGCAGAGAAAGAGAUGCGAAAGCAACGCCUGGCUGAAGAAGAUGCUGAACGUAGCAAAAUGAGAGAAACUAUGCAGGAAAUUGAGAAAACAAUGCACGAAUUAUCAACUGAUGAGGGAUCUCCGCUGAAGAGCCAGCCACCUGAACUGCAGUCUGCUGCCCCAGCCCCCAUUGUGCUUCAACAUCCUGUCAAAGUGCAGCCCUCCGUACCAUCAAGUUGCACCCCAGUCAUUAAUGAAGUUAAUCCUAUUUUGAGACCUAUCCCCAUCAAGCAUCAAGUUGUUACUUCACAAAUGAAUAACAACAAGCCAAUUAGUGCCUUUAACUUAUCAGACUUUGAAGCUGACACCUCGAGUCCUUUUGACAAUAUGGAGUUGAAGACAAUAAAUGACCUAGAGGAGCUUGCACAAGUGCUACAGCCUUCUACAACUUCUCAGACCCAAGACUACUAUCUUAAUACCACACCAUCAGAGGAGCCUUAUGGAAAAGCUCACCAUCAGACUGUGAACUGUCAUGGGACAUCAAUGGAACAAUCUUAUAAUGUUCCUGGCAGUAAUAAUAUUCUAAAUGAUGCAAAGCAUGGCAUGCACUAUCAACCCCAUGUCAAUGGAUUUACGUCAAAUUAUGAUUACAAUAGUAUGCAAAGUUACCACCCUCAUCCUGUGAUACCGCAUCUCAACCAACAUAGUCAGGCAGCAGCCUACAAUUUUGCUGAAAGAGAGCGUAUGCCUCAACCAAGUGAUGUUUCGUUCUCCUAUGCCCAUCAAGAUCCGCAACAUCAGUUGGCAAGCUACUACGGAUCCAAUGCCUGGUCAUCUGCGGGCUAUCAGCCUCCAAGACAACCUUCCUUUAGUGCUGCAAUGGCCAGUGAAAAGAGGACUGUGUUGUCAAAUGUAGAAUCCUUUAAGUUAUUGUCAUCUUCAAUCGAUCAUUCAGAAGAGAGAUCACCUGAUGAGGGAACAGAGGCAUCAGUUAGUCAUGUGGCUCAGCAAUUGAGUGACCUUAUGAAAUCAAGGGCAUCAAGGUAUCAACAGAAGCCAUCUGAAGAAUCUACACCUGAAAAUAGUUCAUCAGUGCAGUCACCAUCUUCACCCAUGGAACCAGACCCAUUUGAGUCUCUUCAAUCAGAAAGCCAAUUUCUAGUUCGUAAGAUAGCAGAGAUGGGCUUUCCGAGAGCUCGAGUUGCAAGAGCAUGCCAAAACUUAGGCACAAAUGACAAAAAGAUUGUAGAGUUUCUUCUUUCCCUUGAGACUCUGCUGGAUGCUGGCUACCAAGAAGGUCGUGCUGAACAUGCUCUUUCCAUGCACAAUCAAGAUCUGGAGGCCACCAACAAAUAUCUUCAAGUAGAAUCCCAGCUCUUGGAUCUUGGCUUCCCGGCGGACCGUGUAUCUGAAGCGCUUGUAAAAUUUAAUUGUGAUAGAGACCAGGCUCUCGAAUUCCUCAUAUCUUAAAGUUCUUGCUUCACUUUGCAUUCCCAUGCUUUGUUUCUUCUUCAAACUGCCACAGAUAUUCACUCGUUUCAGUUCAUAUAUUACAUUAUUUUGUGAUUUAGCUUAAUAGUCAUUCAUUAAGGCUUAAGUUAUAAAAAAUCUUCUUUCUUCUUUUUUUUUAAUUUUUUUUUUUUAUUUUUAUUUUGGUAUAUUUUAAACUGAAGCUGUAACUUAUCCUUGUUUCACUGUGUGCAAGAGUUUUACUGAUCUAGCUAGAUGAGAACUCAAAAUGUUUGUCUCUUUAUAUUAAGUGUGAAAGAUUUACUGUAAUGCGAUAUUCAUGCUUUUUGUAGUUUUGCCUCUGAGAUUGGUUCGCACAUCUUGCUUUGUGAUUUAUGAUUAGAAAUGUGAGUGCACAUUUACAUCAUUCAUUUUGUAGAAUGUUAAAUUUCAAUUUCUCAUUUUGCCACUGUCUUUUCUGUAAAAAGUUAAUUGUUAACAAAAGUUUGUGUAAAAGACCAUUAGUACACUUGAAAAGACUGCUACAUUUUCCUGCAAGUUGGACAUGAAUCACAAUGUGUACUGUGGUUUUUAUGUAUUUGCUUGUUUGUGAUAUCACAGGUAGUUUUAAGCGUUUGUUAAAAUCUUUGUUAGCCAAGGGUUAUUAUUAGCACAGAGGGAAAAAUCUUUGAAGAAUGUUGUUCAAAAUUCUUCUGCCGGUUACUGAAGUUGAGACGAUCAUCAUUGUUGUAAACCUUUGUUUCCUCCCUCUCAUGGGCUUAUGUACUUGGUUUUAUUAUUAUUUCUAUAUUCCACUGGUUUGUCAUGCUAUUGAACCAAAAUAAGCUUCUUCCAGUUCUUAUUGCAAGGGGUGUUUCAAAAAAGGGAACUGCACUUUCAGAAUAGUAUCUUUUUUUCUUUUUUUUUAAUAUCUUGGAACUGUGAUGCCUCAUUUUGCCACUGGGUAUCAAAUAAUGCUCAAAGGGAUCCUUUUCAUUGAAGGUCAUAAGACAGCAUUUACUGCUUAAUUUGUGUCCAUUCUUCUUCUUGACCAUGCCAGUAUAUAGUCAAUUGGUAAGAAUGCAAGUCUGCAUAGUCUUAUGGUAGUCAUAGCUUAUAUAGACAAACCCUUGUUAUAUUUUAUGCAGCAGCUUAUGUUGAAGUUGUCAUUACUCUUUCAUAAUGAGAAUUUGCACUGAAGUGCAAAUUGCCUGUACAGUAAUUGUCUCAUACCAUUGUACCAAAGCUUUUUUUUUUUUUUUAAUCUCUAUCCUCAAUGCCAGAUUUAUUUGUUUGGUUGCUUGAACCAUUUUAAUGUAGAUUUCCUUAUCCAAUCAUUUCCAGCACCAGACCUAGCAUAAAUUUGUUGCUGGUUUCAUUUGACAUUCUUUCCUACUCGGCAGCUCUAGCAAAGUUUCAUUCAAACCAAAUUGAAUCAAGUUGCAAGUACUUGUAAAUCAAGGCUUGGAAUUUUUUAAUUUCUUUUUUCCACUUUUUCAAGUUUAUACAUCAAGCAAGUGUUUCUGAGUAAGAACUUCUGUUUCUGUCAUCAUUUAAGUGAAGUCUGUAUUUGUAAUAUUUAUAUUUUGUAAGCAGCUUAAAUGGGAAUAAUUAUUGUAAGUAC